AUGAUUAAUGAAAAAUGUCAGCAAAGUAAUUAUAUCAAUAUUAUUCAAUCACCUAUUAAACCAAUGGAUAUGAUUCCAGUGUAUCUUUACGCAACUACUGUUCUACUAUGUGAAGUUAUGACUGGUGUGGGAUUAGAAUAUUUCUUCUCCAAAAGUGGAUUUAUUUCCACCAUUGAAUACGCCAUGUAUAUUAUCGUGGCGACUAUAACUAUGCAAAUACUAGUGCAUCUGAUCAUUCUUUUAGUCACUUGUUUCAAACAAAUGUAUUUACUUGAGAUUAUUGCCAAUAUUGUUGCUCAAUUGAUGUUGAUACUAGUAGUGGUGUGUAAUUACAGUUUACUUCUUGAAAUAGAUUCUACUAGUAAUUAUAAAUAUUAUCCUUUCAUUGUUGCUGGUAUAUUUGCAAUCUUGCAGGCAAAACAAAUAUUCAAAUUAAAGAAAUCUUCUGAUAAGCUUGACGAAUUAUUAUAG